GCCUGUGUGUCUUGGUAGUACGGUACUAUGUUCCGCAGUGUUUUUAGUGCUGGGGUGCUAGUGAGAACGGUGCAUACAGGGCUGACCUGGGCGGUGACACUUGCGCUUUUUCUGCAUGACACCGGUGAGCUAACGAUUUAUUAACCCCUUACCUGCUGGAGGUGUGGCACACAAGGGGUUAAUGCGUGACAUGUGACAAGCAGGUGUUACGUCAUGGGGAUACGCGGUAUGCUGUGCAAUGUCAUUACAAACAGCUGCACAAAAACUACAGUACUGAGUCUGUGGUCAAUAUGAAAUCUAUAAAACUAGACACACAGAAUACAGAGAGAGCUGAGCAUCUCAUUGCCGAUUCCCCUGUGUCCUCUUCAGAUCUUCAUCAUCAGGACAAGCGUUGGCAGUUGCUGCAUCCGCUGGCGUUUGUGCUGUUGGUUUUGGGCUCUGUGUUCCUGUACUUUGCUGUAUCGCUGAUGGAUCCGGGUUUUGUGCUUUCUGAUCUGAAGGAUCUUGAGUCAGCUGAGUUGAUACAGGGAAGCCCUUUGCGUAUGAGGCGUUGUGGGUAUUGUCUGCUACAGCAGCCAAUGAGAGCUCGGCAUUGCAAAACCUGCCAGCACUGUGUUCGGCGCUUUGAUCAUCACUGCCCCUGGAUUGAAAACUGUGUGGGAGAGAGGAACCACCCUCUAUUUAUUCUGUAUCUUGUGGUACAGUUUAUGGCCCUCCUUUGGGCCUUUCAGUUGGCUUGGUCCGGUUUUCGCUCCGAAGCUGCGUGGACAGACUGGCUGUACACAAAUCUCCUGCUGCUGCUGGCAUCUGUUCUGACAGGCACCCUUACAGUAGUGGUAUCCCUGUUACUAGUGUGUCACCUCUAUCUCAUCUCCUGCAACGUCACCACAUGGGAAUUCAUGUCUCAGCACCGGAUCUCCUACCUCAAGCACCACGACUCGGACACGAGCCCUUUUGAUGAGGGUGUUUUAUGCAACCUAUGGCGUUUCUUUUGCACAUUCGGCAGCGUGGCCUGGGAGAGAGUGUAUUUCAGGAAUGCACAUCAUGUGGUGUGAUACAGAAAUUCCUUACUUUAUUGCACUAAAUUCAGCUGUUUACAAGUGAGACUAAGCCCAGCUUUGGGUGGGUUUAUGGACAGUAAAAGGUUCCACCUACAAUGGUGCUUAGUGGCAGUUUUUAUAUUAGGGUUGUGACAUUGUGACACACUGCUCUUCUACCUCUAACCUAUUACAAUGACUCACUUUAGAAGCGAACAAAGAUCUCAUUGCAUCUUGUACUUUACAUCUCUAUGUACCUGUGUUAAAUGUAUUAUGAGACAAUGACACACGUGUCAUUAAUAUUUUGCCUCUGCACAAGGAUUUAUUGCACUGACAUUUAUGUGAAUCUGAUUUUUUUUUUUUACAUAUAGACUAUUUUAUUGUUGCUAAUUUUUUAUUGACUGGAAUAUUGUAAAUAAUCGAACGUCAUAAUAAUGAUAAAUAAAUACAUUAAGCUUUUUAUAAUCUA